AUGUGCCGCGAGGCCAUCACCAUCGCCCAGUGUGCGCCUGAGGUAUCCCCCGUUCUCGCCUUCUACUGCGCCAAGCUCCAUCUCGUGGCGAAGGACCGCAUCAUCUGUGACGCCGCUAAGGGAAAAUGCAUUUGCUUCUUUGGCUCUUGUGGUACUAUUGAACGCGAGAUUCCCACCAAGGGAAUCAAUCUCGGCGAGGUUGUCAAGGCGCGUUGUGCUGAGUGUACUCCUCGCGAGCACCGAGUUCGCGACAUCCCCGCUCAGGAGAUCCUCGAGUCCGUUCUUCUUCGCUCUACUGACGGCCAGAAUGGCUGGGAGGAGCGAUCCAAGCUCCUUUCUGAGCUUUGGCUCAACAAGACUGCAUGCCCUUACCACGUCGGCAACUCCGCUGAGCCUGUUGCUCCUGUCAUCAACAUCACAGAGAGCAUCCAUCUCGACACCGAAGUCGGUCACUUUGGUACCGGUCUGAGCGCUGAGUCUGCUGGGCCUACCGACUCCACUCCUGAGUCUGCUCUUGAGCUCAAGCCAGCCUUCGAAGCUACUGUCGGAAAGGACGUUGGCGAAUUCUCUAGCUCCGAUAAUGCUGCUAUGAAGGAUGCCUCUUCAUCUUCUGUCGGGACUGUCUUCACCGAGCCCAUCUUCACCGACUCCUUAGUGGCUGAACCCGCUUCUACUCUCGCCGAUGAGUGGACUGCUAACGCGGGCACCGUUAACACUGCUGAUGAGUGGAAUACCAACACCGCUCCCGCUGGUGAGCAGGAUGGCAACGCCAACAAUCACGCUUCCGACUCUGGAGCCAAGAACAUUCUGGACCCCGACGAGGUUGGCAUUUCCACCAGCCGCUGGGCCCCCGGCAAUUCUCCCACCACCUCCAAGCCAACCAACCCAGCUGUUGACUUCAAGGAGCCUGAGAGUGGAGAGGAGCAUAACCAGGCACAAGAGCAGGUACAGACUCCUGUUAUCGCUCCCUCUCGCCGUGCCGUCAACUUCUCCUACAAUCCCAGCAAUGCUGAAAAACUUAUGGAGACCGCGGAGAUUUUUGCCAACCUGAAGAAAGCCUUUCUCAUGGGUAAGGCUUAA